AUGGUACCAGACCAGGACCUGCUUCUUGGGCUCAGAUUGUCACUGUCCAGGGAGCCGGGUCUCCCCUGGGGAUUGUAUCUGCCACAGGCCCCCCUGGGGCAGAGCCAGUCAUUCACGGUGUGCCUGCGGUGCAAGGGGCAGACGAUUUACCAGCAGGUCUUGUCCGUGGAGAGACCCAGCAGGCUGCAGGGCUGGAACUGGGGCUACUGCGGCCACUACGCCUUUUACCAUGCGCUGUACCCCCGUGCCUGGCUGGUGUACGAGCUGCCGGGGCAGAAGGUGGUGCUGACUUGCCGGCAGCUCUCUCCCGUCAUCCCCCAUGACUAUCAGGACUCCAGCUUGCCAGUGGGAGUGUUCAUCUGGGAGGUGGAGAACGGGAGGGAUGAGGACGUGGAAGUGUCCAUCAUGUUCAGCCUGCAGAACGGCACGGGAGCGGAGGGGGACAGGAGCGGCGGGCACUGGAACGAGCCCUUCACCUUCCAGAAGGAUGGCUUUGCUUUCUCCUCUUUUCCCUCUAUCACAUACUAG